UUGAUUGUUUAUUCAAAAUAUCAUGAUGUUAUUUGAUAUUUAGUUUUGAGGUUCAAUCCCGAGCAUUUGUAAUCUCAAUUACAUAGACAACUAUUAGGCCAUUAUAAUUUUUUCAUCAAAUUUACAAUUUAAUUUAUAAGAUUGACUAUUUUUGAUGUUAUUUAAAACUUAAAUAGAAGAUUACUAUUACUUAAAAAAAUCUAGUUUUUUCAUUAUGGCUCGUUUUUAGUAUUUGAACAUGACCUCUGAUUUUAUACGAACGGUCUGCCGAAAGGGUACUUCACAAAAGAAAAACAUUGCAAUUAGGAUUGACCAAAAAGUUAACAUAGUUGGCUUUUAGUUAGAGAGUCCAAAUUUAACUUAGAUUGCUAUUUGAUCCAUAUUGCUAUUUAAAGCAUAGUGUUUAAUUAAGUUUUUGUAAAGGGAGUUGCCAUUUCUGCAUUUCAUUGCUAUUCAUGUAUAACACAACAAUUUGCAACCUUUGUUUUCAGAAUUCAUCAUUCAUGGAAAUAAUGCUAUAUCAUCAACCCUAUAAUUAUCAGGGGAUCACACAUCCUUCCUGCACUCUCAGAUCUGUCUGGUCUGCUCUCUCACUCUUAGAUUGGUAUUUGGUGCUUUCACUUGAUUGAAAAACCAUGAUGAUGUUUUGGAAGAUGUGGUUUAAUGGGAAACCGAAAAUGGAUUUCAUCCAAUGUCUUGGACCUGAUCUUUCAAUUAAGAUUCUCACCUCUUUGGAUGACCGAUGUGACCUCGUUCGUGUAUCUGCUGUUUCUAAAUCUUGGUACCGAUUUGUGUGUCCUGAAAUAUCUGAUGUUGUUCAUAGCAUUGAGGUGGACUACAUGAUUGAACUUGUUAGCAACAUGCUUGAAGGUUAUAGAGAUUUGGAGUGUCUUAAACGAAGUCACAAAGCCUAUGCUGUCUUGGCUUUUGAUUUAUCUCCUUAUGUGAAAAACUGCAUCUCAGAAGCCGUUGUUGCAUCAAGCACUAAUAUUGAUCCAGAAGAAAGUAUUCAAAAUACAUUGGAGCCCGGAGAUAGAACGGACGAUAGGCCAUCAUACUCAUAUUUUCAAGAUGGCUCCCCUAUAUAUUCAGCUGAGGCUAUCCGAUUCAGAAUUGGCUAUCCAAGAUACAAUAGAACAUUAGAGAGUGCUAUAGCUCAUUCUAUUGCUUCUAGUAACAUGGUGGUUGAUGAAACUCAAUUUCUAUGGAUAUAUAUUUCGCCUAACUAUCAAAUGUUUCAGGAAAAUCGGUUGCAAGUAUUCAAGCUACCUAAACCUGUUUUGUGCAAUGAACAUGUGUUGCUAGUGGAGUUGCAUGGGAGAGCUCAAAAACAAGGACUCUUAUACUACAUAGGCAUCUCCCAUAUUCAAGCAGUUGGACUUCUGAUUUUAGCAGCGUUUAAAGAAAUUCGCCAUCGAUCAGGAAAAUAUAUCUUGAAGUACUGCCCUAGUAUCAGAGUCCUGUAUUCAUCAUCAUCAUCAUCAAGCUGUUGGAUGAAGUAUGGGAUUGUUGUGAUGUUCAUCUUUAUGAUGAUGUUCUUACCACUGGCACACUUUAUGGCUUUAACUGAUAAAUGAGUAUGUGUGGGACUUCUAUAAUUGAUGGUAGCAUUGAUGCAGACGAUUAUCAUCAUUUAAUAACACUUUUAAAUUAAUAAUUUUUUUGGCGGAAUAAAUAUUUUAAUUUGUAUGCAGAGUGUAAAACUAUCUUACAUCUGUAAAAUAUUCUGCACAUAAAGUGUAAAACUCUUUUGCACAUGAACAUAAGGUUUAUUCUAUCGCGAAUUAGUGUUAUAGAUGGUCCACUUUGGAUCACAUUUGGUUUUCUUUUUA